GGAGCCGCUGGGAGCGGCCGGAGCCCCGCAGAGACCCCGGCGCCGCCCGGCCCGGCCCGGCCCGGCCCCACGCUGGCCCAGAAGGCCGCGCCCGCCUCGCCGCUGAGGAUGUCCCGGAAGGGGCCGCGCACGGAGGUGUGCGCGGACUGCGGCGCCCCAGACCCGGGCUGGGCCUCUAUUAACCGCGGCGUCCUGAUCUGCGACGAGUGCUGCAGCGUCCACCGCAGCCUGGGCCGGCACAUCUCCAUCGUCAAGCACCUGCGCCACAGCCCCUGGCCCUCCCCGCUGCUGCAGAUGGUGCACACUCUGGCCAGCAAUGGUGCCAACUCCAUCUGGGAGCACUCGCUGCUGGACCCGGCGCAGGUGCAGAGCGGGCGGCGCAAGGCCAAUCCUCAGGACAAAGUGCACCCCACCAAGUCCGAGUUCAUCCGUGCCAAGUACCAGAUGCUGGCCUUCGUGCACAAGCUGCCCUGCCGCGACGACGAUGGUGUCACCGCCAAGGACCUCAGCAAGCAACUGCACUCCAGCGUGCGGACGGGGAACCUGGAGACCUGCCUGCGCCUGCUCUCGCUGGGCGCCCAGCCCAGCUUCUUCCACCCGGAGAAGGGCACCACCCCGCUGCACGUUGCUGCCAAGGCUGGACAGAUCCUGCAGGCUGAGCUGCUGGUGGUGUACGGUGCCGACCCUGGGGCGCCCGAUGUGAACGGCAGGACCCCCAUCGACUACGCCCGGCAGGCGGCCCAGCACGAGCUCGGGGACCGGCUGGUGGAGUGUCAGUACGAGCUGACGGACCGGCUGGCCUUCUACCUGUGCGGCCGCAAGCCGGACCACAAGAACGGGCACUACAUCAUCCCGCAGAUGGCAGACAGGGCGCGCCCAAAGGGCACGGCGCAGAGCCUGGACCUGUCUGAGCUGGCGAAAGUAGCGAAGAAGAAGUUACAGGCGCUCAGCAACCGCCUCUUCGAGGAGCUGGCCAUGGAUGUGUACGACGAGGUGGACCGCAGGGAGAACGACGCUGUCUGGCUCACGACGCAGAAUCACAGCACCCUGGUGACUGAGCGCAGUGCUGUGCCCUUCCUGCCCGUCAACCCCGAGUACUCGGCCACGCGAAACCAGGGGCGGCAGAAGCUCGCCCGGUUCAACGCCAGGGAGUUUGCCACCCUCAUCAUCGACAUCCUCAGCGAGGCCAAGCGACGGCAGCAGGGCAAGGGCCUGGGGAGCCCCACCGACGCUGUCGACUACCCGGUGCGGAGCCAGAGUGACCCGGACGACCAGCACGACUACGACAGCGUCGCCUCUGACGAGGACACGGACCAGGAGCCGCUGCGCAGUGCUGCCCGCAACAACCGUGCCCGGAGCAUGGACUCCUCGGACCUGUCGGACGGGCCCAUCACGCUGCAGGAGUACCUGGAGGUGAAGAAGGCGCUGGCAGCCUCCGAGGCCAAGGUGCAGCAGCUGAUGAAGGUGAACAACAGCCUGAGUGACGAGCUGCGUCGGCUGCAGCGUGAGAUCCACAAGCUGCAGGCGGAGAACUCACAGAUGCGGCAGCAGCCGGGCCCCGGGCACACGGUGCCAGCCCCCAGCGAGCGCUCAGAGCACGGGCAUGCCGUGGCCACGGCAGCAGCUCACCGGCGUGACCGCCAGGCCUUCUCCAUGUAUGAGCCAGGCUCUGUCCUCAAGCCCUUCGGGCAGCCCGUGGACGAGCUGGUCGGCCGCCUGCAGCCCUUCCACUCCAGCGAGGCGGAGGAUGAAGCGCUGUACUCCACACACAUCCCGGCCAGCGGGUACCGGAUCCGGAAGGGGGUGUCUGCCUCCUCGGUGCCCUUCCCCCCCUCCUCCCCGCUGCUUUCCGGCCUGCAGGAUGGUGCCCGCCACAUGACCAGCAAGCUGGACCGACACGGCAGCGGAACUGACAGUGACUAUGACAACACACAGGCUGGCGAGGCACUGCUCAGCAUGGACGGGAAGCGGUUCCUGGACCUGGGGAAGGAGGACGACUUCCACCCGGAGCUGGAGGCCCUGGACGGGGAGCUGGAGCCCGGGCUGCCCAGCACCGAGGACGUGAUCCUGAAGACCGAGCAGGUCACCAAGAACAUCCAGGAGCUGCUGCGGGCCGCCCAGGAGUUCAAGCAUGACAGCUUCGUGCCCUGCUCCGAGAAGAUCCACUCCGCCGUCACCGAGAUGGCCUCGCUCUUCCCCAAGAAGCCGGCCCUGGAGACGGUGCGCAGCUCCCUGCGGCUGCUCAACGCCAGCGCCUACCGGCUGCAGAGCGAGUGCCGCAAGACCAUGCCACCGGAGCCUGGCGCGCCCGUGGACUACCAGCUCCUGACGCAGCAGGUCAUCCAGUGUGCCUACGACAUCGCCAAAGCCGCCAAGCAGCUGGUCACCAUCACCACCCGCGAGAAGAAGCAGUGAGGCCUGGUCCCCGCCUGGCGGCUCCCCCGGCCUCGCUCCCUCCCUGGGCAGGACGUGGGGCCGGGGAAUAGCCAGCGCAAGUGUCCUUAGUCUGCCCACGGGACCUGAGCACGUGCCAUUCCUGGCCCCCCAUGCUGCCAGUGUGGGCCUCUGGCUGUGCCCCCUCCCCCCACGCCGCCAGUGUCCCGGCGUGGGGCAGAGCGAGGCUCCGGCCCCAGCCCCCUCCCCCCACGCCGCCAGUGUCCCGGCGUGGGGCAGAGCGAGGCUCCGGCUGUGCCCCCUCCCCCCACGCCGCCAGUGUCCCGGCGUGGGGCAGAGCGAGGCUCCCGCUGUGCCCCCUCCCCCCACGCCGCCAGUGUCCCGGCGUGGGGCAGAGCGAGGUUCCCGCUGUGCCCCCUCCCCCCACGCCGCCAGUGUCCCGGCGUGGGGCAGAGCGAGGCUCCGGCUGUGCCCCCUCCCCCCACGCCGCCAGUGUCCCGGCGUGGGGCAGAGCGUAGCACCGGCCCCAGCCCCCUCCCCCACACAGCAGCCCUAUGGACACUCCCCGCUGGAGCAGGUGCCAAUGCCCAGCUGCGUGUGCCCCCCUGUACAUAGCCCCUCAUUCUGUUCUCCCGGCCCCACCCGCCAUCAGCCAAGGAACCACUAACUGGGUAGUGGGGAGCCCCUGAGCUGCCCUCGGGCCUCUCCCCGCCGCCCCCUGUACAGAGUGUGUGUAGCUGUUUGUGGUGGGCAGAGCCGCACCCAUAGCGGUCUCAGCCCACAGCGUUACACUGGACCCGGAGCCCAGCCCUGGCUGGCGACCGGCAUGUUCUCCCUGUGCGUGAGUGUGAGCCCCAGCCCCCAGCCCCCCUGUGCACGGCGGCUCUGGGACGGGCUCCUCGCCUCAUGCCCCCUGUGCCAGGCUGCAGUGCCCAGCCCCUCGGCCCUCCCCCACUGCCCCAGGAGCUGAGGCUGGCUUUCCCCCCGGCUGGCAGGGUUGGCGCCGACCCUCGACAGGAGCUGGGUGCCCAGGGAAAGCAGUGGGGCAGGGACGGAGAGCCCAGGCUGGCUGGGGCCUGUACGGCCAGGCGUGUACUGUACAUUUGUAUUAAAUAAAGAUGUGACUGUG